UGAGCUUGGCCGCCAGGAGGCGCUGCGGAGCCGGGGGACACCCCUCCCUGCCUGCCUCAGUCCCCCGCCCCCUCCCCGCCCGCGCGCAAAACGCACUCGCCCCAGAGGCAGCGCGGCCGAGCCCCAGCCGCUGCCGGAGCGGAGCCGGAGAGUGGUGGCGGCGGCGGCGGCAGCGGCACCAUGACCCUGGGCAGCUGCUGCUGCGAGAUCAUGUCCUCCGAGAGCUCCCCGGCCGCGCUGUCCGAGGCCGACGCAGACAUAGACGUGGUGGGCGGCGGCAGCGGCGGGGGGGAGCUCCCAGCUCGCUCCGGGCCCCGCGCCCCCCGGGACGUGCUCCCCCACGGCCACGAGCCUCCCCCGGAGGAAGCCGAGGCAGACGUAGCCGAGGACGAGGAGGAGUCGGGUGGCUGCUCGGACGGCGAGCCCCGCGCUCUGGCGCCCCGGGGGGCGGCGGCCGCAGCGGGGAGCCCGGGGCCAGGCGCGGCGGCGGCCCGCGGCGCAGCGGGGCCCGGGCCGGGACCGCCGUCGGGGGGCGCGGCGACGCGGAGCCCGCUGGUGAAGCCGCCCUACUCGUACAUAGCGCUCAUCACCAUGGCCAUCCUGCAGAGCCCCAAGAAGCGGCUGACGUUGAGCGAGAUCUGCGAGUUCAUCAGCGGCCGCUUCCCCUACUACCGGGAGAAGUUCCCCGCCUGGCAGAACAGCAUCCGCCACAACCUCUCUCUCAACGACUGCUUCGUCAAGAUCCCCCGCGAGCCGGGCAACCCGGGCAAGGGCAACUACUGGACGCUGGACCCGGAGUCGGCCGACAUGUUCGACAACGGCAGCUUCCUGCGGCGCCGUAAGCGCUUCAAGCGGCAGCCCCUGCCGCCGCCGCACCCACACCCGCACCCUCACCCGGAGCUGCUGCUGCGUGGCGGGGCCGCGGCGGCCGGGGACCCCGGCGCUUUCCUGCCCGGCUUCGCUGCCUACGGCGCCUACGGCUACGGCUACGGGCUGGCUCUCCCGGCCUACGGCGCACCCCCGCCGGGGCCGGCCCCGCACCCGCACCCGCACCCGCACGCCUUCGCUUUCGCCGCGGCAGCCGCCGCCGCUCCUUGCCAGCUGUCGGUACCCCCAGGCCGCGCCGCCGCGCCUCCACCCGGACCUCCGACGGCCUCGGUGUUCGCAGGCGCGGGAUCGGCCCCAGCUCCUGCGCCUGCCUCAGGCUCGGGCCCGGGCCCCGCAGGCCUGCCCGCCUUCCUGGGCGCGGAGCUGGGCUGCGCCAAAGCCUUCUACCCGGCGUCCCUGAGCCCUCCCGCAGCCGGCACCGCGGCGGGUCUGCCCACCGCACUUCUGCGCCAGGGCCUCAAGACGGACGCGGGCGGUGGUGCAGGCGGCGGGGGCGCCGGGGCAGGGCAGAGGCCUUCCUUCUCUAUAGACCACAUCAUGGGCCACGGUGGCGGCGGGGCAGCACCCCCGGGCGCCAGCGAGGGCUCUCCAGGACCGCCAUUCGCUGCAGCCGCGGGUCCUGGGGGCCAAGCCCAGGUCUUGGCCAUGCUGACUGCUCCGGCCCUGGCUCCCGUUGCUGGCCACAUUCGUCUCUCGCAUCCCGGGGACGCGCUGCUGUCCUCAGGGUCCCCGUUUGCCAGCAAAGUCGCCGGCCUUAGUGGCUGCCACUUCUGACCGCAGCAGGCCCAGGGCCGGUUAGGUCCGCACUCCUCAGCCUCUCCCGGGAGCUCUUGCGGUCCCAGAGGAACUCAGGGAGUCUAUUUAUGAAGUCUCCAGACCUUGGGCCGGCACGCGUGACACGGCACUUCAGGCUCCACGCACAGAAUCUCGCAGAUAGUUGGGACUAAGCGGGCUCUAUCGCUCAGGGCGACAGGCCCGGGGCUACGCGAAGAAGUCGCAGGCCAAGAUCCUUUACAAUUUGAGAAAUAAAAGCAGGGGGGUGGGGGCUUCGUUUUUUCCCUGCCUCUGCGCCUGUCGGCGAACACAUUCCGGGAGAGAUGCCCGGCCAGGCUCCACGGAUCCCGCCAGAAACACCAACAGAGGGUCUCCCUUUCUGCCUUUCCCCUCUCACUUCUUCCCCAACGUUGAGACCCUGCUUGUCCAAUAUUAUAAUUUAAAGACAUCUAUUAUCUGCUUUGUGCUUAAAAGAAAAAUUCAACCUUUUUUUUUUUUUUUUUUUUUGCUGUUCUCCAAGGAAGUUCGUUUCCUUUGAAGCCUAAACCAGUGUCUACGCAGGCGGAGCUGAACGGAGAGGUGAAGCAGGGGGUGUUUAUAUUCCCUGCAGAAACCCUGGAUCCCACUCCACUGAGGAAAAUCCUUUCUCUUUUGUGUUUGGGUGCUUUUAAAGGAAUUUAUUUCCUUUCUCUUGGCUGGCUGGGUCCAGCCAUCUCCGGCCAGCAACCCUGUCAGUGUUCCACCCUGUCCCAGACCUUGUAAUAUUUAUUGUGGCUAAAGGCAAUGAGAUUGGGUGGAAGAGAAGGGUCUGGGCCAGGGACUGGAGAGGUGGGGGUGGAGUGGGCAAGGGCACACCCUGUGGCAGGGGGUCCUAUAAUUUUGUGUAAAUAUCUGUACAGCGGGCUGCUGUCGGCGUUCUCUGUCCACUGGGUGUGCAUUGAUUUAAACUUCUCCACUGUGGGGAAACUCUGUGAAAUCGUCUGAUGGUCUGUGUGGAAGAAAAGAAAAAUCUGUCUACCCCCUAUUCCCCAUUGGUGUCAAUUGAAUAAAUGUAUGUGAACUUCA